AUGUAUAAAACUGCAGAGGAGCGUCAUGAGGCUCGACUAAAAUCAAAGAAGGAUAGCUAUGCGCGUCACCGACUUCAAGAACAAGUGAAGUCCCGCACACGAUGGCGACGUCGUCGAGGGGCAGCUGCGGGUACUCAAGAACUGCUUCAGCGUCUCGAUAGCUUAUGGUUAACGUUAGGUUACCGCGAUCGGACUCUCCAACACAAAUUCCUGGAGUCACAUGGGAUGUCGAUCGUAUCCGAGGUAGACCGAGAGGGUUGGGAUUCAGUCAAGCCAGGAUGUGAGGCAGGGCUCGCAGAGGUAAAGGACGUGGUGAAGCAGGCAUAUGAUUUGCACACUGAGGCCCGUGAUAUUGAUGGGCCUCUCACAGAUCAAUUGCGGGAUGGAAUAGCAUCUGUUGUAGAUGCGGUAGAUGUGCACGUUCGUGCAUGGGAGGAGUUGUUGUCAAUGAUGGAACACGGAGUCGAUACAUACUUUGAUGCGCUUCGCUAUGGUUCAUUGGUCUGGCAAAUAAAGAACACUAAAUUUUCGACCGCGAGCAAUGACAUAUCAGCCUCUCCUACCCACAUGCAAGCCGCUCCCUCUCCUACCCACAUGCAAACCGCUCCCGCUCACCAUAUCAGUCAGAAGCUAAAGACAUACUUUGGAUCUUCCUCCCUCACUUCCUGCACCAGACUUGCCCCCACCAAGCUGCGGUAUCGGUUUAGUCACGGCCAUACGAUCCUGCUGGCGAAUCAAGUACAGAAGGCCAAGUGCAUGGUAUUGAGUGAUGUAGCUCGUUGAAGGGAUAGGUUGGUGACUGCUGUUCGAAUUUCCAGACAAG